CCUUGAUUGGAACAGUUUAAUAUCUUUCUACAAUCUUGAUAGGUUGGAUCAAGUAUUGGCAAAUACAAUGGAUGGCCUUAUUACUAAGGUUACUUUUGGUUCUUCAACAACAAAAACAAAAACAAAAUUUGCAACAGGAGAAGCCAAGAUCACUGGUUCUCAGCAGUUAUAUUGCUCCGUGCAAUGCACUCCCGACAUAACUGAAAAUGCUUGCAGGGACUGUUUAGUAUAUGCACUUGAUAGACUUCGACAUCACACUCACGGCAACGAGUGAGGACUGGAUUAUAGGCCAAAUUGUCAGGCAAGGUUUGACUUGGUAGCUUUUUAUGAAUUAGUCCCUCCUCCCUCCCUGCCACCUUCUGCUUCCACAAAAAACACAACCGGGCCUCCUGCUCCCUUACGGCCAUCUUUAGGGAAGAAGAGAAAAACAUCAGUAACAUUCAUCACCACUAUUACUUUGGCAGCCAUUUUGGUGAUUCUUCUUGUCAUCUUCCUUGGCAACUAUUUGAUAACGAGGAAAGUCAAGUCUUCAGGGGAGGCUACAGAAAAUGACAAUUCAAUGCCAUCUAUCAAAUCCUUGCAAUUUGACUUUGGAACAAUUAGAGAUGCAACGGAUAAUUUCUCACAUGCUAAUAAGCUUGGAGAAGGUGGAUUUGGCCCUGUUUACAAGGGUGUGCUUCUAAAUGGGCGAGAAAUAGCUGUGAAAAAGCUCUCUGGUAAUUCUAGACAAGGUCAAGAAGAAUUCAAGAAUGAGGUUUUGUUACUCACUAAGCUUCGUCACAAGAAUUUGAUCAGUCUCUUAGGUUUCUGCUUGGAAGAGAAAGAAUUACUUCUCAUUUAUGAGUUUAUGCCUAACAAAAGCCCCGAUCAUUUCAUAUUUGAUCAUGUCAAACGUGCACAUUUGGAUUGGAAAAAACGUUUCAACAUUAUACAAGGCUUUGCUCGAGGGCUUCUAUAUCUUCAUGAAGAUUCACAACCUCGGAUUAUUCAUCGUGAUCUCAAAGCUAGCAACAUUUUGUUAGAUGCAGAAAUGAAUCCUAAAAUUUCAGAUUUUGGCACAGGAAGACUAAUUGCAUUAGAUCAUUCCCAUUACACAACAAGCAGAAUCAUGGGUACCAUUGGAUAUAUGCCUCCUGAAUAUUUUCAACGUGGACAAUUCUCGGUUAAGUCAAAUGUCUUCAGCUUUAGUGUGAUUCUAUUGGAAAUUUUAAGCGGUCAAAAGAUCUUUUGUUUCCGUGAUAUGGAGAAUGGCGAGGACCUUCUAAGCUAUGCGUGGAAGUGUUGGAGAAAAAAUACAAUUCUAGAUAUAGUGGAUUCAACAUUGAUCACAGGUCCAAAAAGUGAGAUUAUGAGAUGCAUCCAUAUUGGUUUAUUGUGCGUUCAAGAAAAUGCAGCAGACAGACCAACCAUGGCUAUAGUUGUUAGCAUGCUCAUUAGCAACUCGUUUAGUCUGUCAUUGCCUUUGCAUCCUGCAUUUUUAUUGCCAGAAAGGCAAGGCCAAGGCAAUUUGUCGCAUGAGUUCAAUUCAAUACUGACAGAGUCAUCAGAUCAAUCUGAAACUAAAUCAACACAGGUUUCAACAAAUGAUGUUACAAUUACUGAGCUUGUUGCUCGAUGGUAGUGCAGUUAAAUGUAACUCUUUUGAAACAAGUUGAUGUCGUUGUCUAUUGUACAACUUUUUGAUGGCGGGUUAAACGUCCAAUUCCUUAUUUUAUUUUUAUUUUAAAUUUUUUUAAGAAAAAUUAGUGAAAAGUCUACAUGCACUUGCAUUCCAUUAAGUGCCAUGGCUGCUCUUUUUUUCUUUUUUCCAUUUUUUUUCCAAAUAAAGUCUCAUUAUAAAAGUUAUUUGGGAGACUAAGUCCUUGUUUCAAAAUUUUAGUAAAA